GUGCAGCUCUGUGCAACAAACCGACAGCUGUUUGUGUUUGUGAACUUCACCUUGUUAUUAUUGUAAAAUUUAACCGAAACUCGAACUUUUCGUGCAAAAACAAAUUACAUUUCUGGCUUUUUUGUUUUAUUAGUGCAGUUUAACUGUUCACACCUUAUAUAUACGUGCUAUAGGUCGAAUCAUCCCAUGGUAUAUAUGAUUAUCUAAUUUGCUACCACAAAGCAGCAACAAUAAUAUCGAUGUUUAACAAACUGUUAACAAAGAAACGUGUGUAAAUAGAGAAAGAAACACACACAAACAGUUCGACACAAAUCCGAUCAUCUAGUGACAACCGGAAAACCAAUCAACAAGGCGAGUUAAAUUUAAAAAAUUAUCCGUUUCUGACCGUAGAACAAAAUCGAAACUUCCAUACACAUUAUAGAAAAAAAAUAUUGAGAACAGUCUUAAAGACAUUUUAAUUUGGAUACCAUAACUAUUUGACUGUGUAGAUAUGUGCAUACGUAUAUAUUUCUAAAAAAAUAACAAAUUAAAAAAAAAAAUCAAAAAAACAGCAGUGUCGGUAGCUAUUCCUACGACGCAAUACCAAAUAAUAACAAUCGUGAAAAACGGUAACCAACGAUCGAUAUAUCGAUAGCUGGCGAUCAUACCUGCAACGCAUGACAAAAGGUGGCGCCGCAGUCAUAAACAUCGACAAGGACAACAAACGCAACUAAAGCGCAGGGCGAAUAUAAAUAAAAGGCUUUUCGCUCCGUUACUUUCGCACAGCGCGGUGUUGUUGUGGAUCGGAGUAACAACAACAAACUGCUGUUGUUAAAAUGUCUGUAAGACUGUUAACCGUGCGACUGGUUAAACAUGGUCGCUACGUUUUACGCAGCUAUUGGAAUCGUGAAAUACACUCCAACAUUUUGGAACAAAGCCAGUUAAAAACACGAAGCAAGCGAGGCUUUCCCCUAUCAUCCGUCAAUGUUUUACGGAACUCAGCCGUACAACAGCCGACGGCAAAUGUUGUACCACGCUGCUGUCCAGCGCCAGCGCCCAGUCCUGCGAAUAGCGGACUCUUUCGAUUUGGCCAGCAUGCGCGCAAGUUGUUCAUUGAUAAUAUAUUGAGCCGUGUGACCACCAAUUAUUCCGAGGAGCUGCGUCAGCGUGCGACACGCAAACUAUUUUAUGGCGAUUCCGCCCCAUUUUUUGCUCUAAUUGGCGUCAGUUUGGCCACCGGGUCGGGUGUGCUGAGCAAAGAGGAUGAGCUGGAGGGCGUUUGCUGGGAGAUCCGCGAGGCAGCUAACCGCUUGCAGGCAGACUGGAAUCAUGAUAAGAUAUCUGAAACGUUGAACAGCAAUUUCAAUAUUGAUCAACUCGAGGUGGGUCCGCCCAUUGCCAAGGGCUGUGCCGCUGUGGUUUAUGCGGCCAAUUUUAAGGAGAAUCCCAUAAGCCAGCAAAACGCUAAAGAGUCCAGUGCUAAUCCCCUGCGUCCAACUAUGUCAAACAAAAUGCCAAGCCAGAGCUCAACAUGGAAUCAUGAGUUGAUGUCACCACUACAGAAUAUGUCGCGUUUCGUUCACAAUUUUGGUGGCUCCGUCGACAACAUUUACAACUAUAGCCAGCCAACAGCUGCCGCCGCCUUUGUUGAUGGUCAGACUCAGAUAUCGAAGCAGCAUCAUGAGGAGCACCAACAACAGCAAUCAAGCGCUUACAGUCAGGAGGAGCAGCAGCAACAACAACAACAACAGCAACCGCAAGUGCAUGCAGAAAACGAAUCCAUUGAGAGAUAUCCGCUUGCCUUGAAAAUGAUGUUCAACUAUGAUAUACAGAGCAAUGCGUUGUCUAUAUUGCGCGCCAUGUACAAGGAGACGGUGCCGGCACGUCAACGUCGAAUGAAUGCCAGCGCUGAGGAAUGGGAAAGGCUGUUGCAAAAUCAAACUUUGACGCUGCCGCCGCAUCCAAAUGUUGUUUGCAUGUUCGGUUUCUUUUGUGAUGAGGUUCGCAAUUUCCCCGACGGCCAUAUACUUUAUCCGAUUGCGCAGCCGCAGCGCAUCAAUCCGCAGGGCUAUGGACGUAAUAUGUCGUUAUAUUUGCUAAUGAAACGUUACGAUUACAGCUUGCGAGGUCUACUGGACACCACCGAAUUGAGCACGCGCACCAAAAUCCUGCUGCUGGCCCAAAUGCUGGAGGCGGUCACUCAUCUCAGUCGCCAUGGCGUUGCCCAUCGUGACCUUAAAUCAGAUAAUGUGCUAAUCGAAUUGCAGUUAUCGCCCGAUGAUCAAGCUGCAUCAUCGUCGGCGCCGCUGCUGGUGCUAUCCGAUUUUGGUUGCUGUCUGGCGGACAAGGUGCAUGGACUGCGUUUGCCCUAUGUAGCCAACGAUAUUGACAAGGGUGGCAAUGCAGCGCUGAUGGCGCCUGAGAUCUUUAAUACACAGCCGGGACCGUUCACCGUGCUCAACUAUAGCAAGGCCGAUCUGUGGGCAUGUGGCGCCUUGGCCUACGAAAUCUUUGGCCAGCCCAAUCCCUUCUAUUCGACCAGCGCCGGCAUUGCUCGCGCUCAAGGUGAACUCACUUACUCGCUGAGGAAUAGCGAUUAUCGACACGAACAGCUGCCACCACUAUGCGAUGCCUGUCCGCCACUGAUGCAGCAGCUAAUCUACAAUAUACUUAAUCCAAAUCCAUCGAAACGCGUUAGUCCCGAUAUUGCGGCCAAUGUGCUGCAGCUGUUUCUGUGGGCACCAUCCAAAUGGCUCAAAGCAGGCGGCAUGCCCAGCAGUCCAGAGAUUCUGCAGUGGCUUCUUUCGCUGACCACCAAGAUCAUGUGCGAGGGUCGUCCACAGCAUGGCAACAGCAGCAGCAGCAGCGUCCAGUCGACCGGUCGGCACGCAUAUGUUGAGUAUAUGCUUAUCUGCAGCUUUUUAGUUCGUGCCCGUCUGCGUCGCAUUCGUGGCGCCUUGAAUUGGAUUCAGAAUGUGGUCGCUGCAUAAAUCUGCGUCCAAUUUAUGGGGAGGAAUGGACAUAUUUAUUGAAGAAAUGUUUACAUCUUGUUAUUCGCUGAGGUGAAGAAAAUCAAAAGAAAAAUAGAAAAAGCGUGUGA